AUGAGCAAUUCCGAACCCCGCGUCUGCAUGAGGCAUUCCAUGAUUCAUUCUCAUUGCCUCGAUAGUUCCAGCCGUAAACCAUCCCUCCAAAGCUCCUUGGACAUACAUUCCACAAUGGUUGGGCGACUUGAAGGAAAGAAUGCCAUCAUCACUGGCGCAGCUGGCGGCGUUGGCCUCGAGUCCACCAUCCUCUUCCUCCAACACGGCGCGUCUGUCCUCAUGACUGACAUCAACAACGCCGCCCUCGAACGGGCCCUCAGUAAAGUCAGAAGCGUUGUACCGAAUCCCACCGGCAAAGUAGAGACAAAAGUCGUCGAUGUGUCCAAAGAGGAGCAGGUCGAGGCAGCUAUCACACAUUUGGAUUCCUGGGGCGGCGUGGAUGUCAUGUUCAACAAUGCAGGAAUCAUGCACCCCAAGGAUGGCGACUCGGAGGAGUGUCCAGAUAGCAUCUGGGACUUGACGUUUGAUAUAAAUGUCAAGGGUGUCUGGUACGGCUCGAAGCAUGCCGUGCGGUCGCUGAGGAAGCAUGGCAAGACCAAGGGCAGCAUUAUCAACACGGCUAGCAUGGUCGCUAUCGUUGGGGCUGCGACCCCUCAGGUUGCUUAUACAGCUAGCAAAGGUGCUGUCCUUGCUUAUACGCGCGAGAUGGCUAUUGUUCACGCACGCGAAGUCAUCUUGCAUAGGCUUCCGCUUCAACUCGCUGUGCCCUGCACCACUCAAGAGUUCCUCGGCGACGACAAGGCCAAGCGAUUCCGCCGCGAAGUCCACUUCCCUACCGGUCGAUUCGGUGAGGCUAUAGAGCAGGCGCAGGCCGCAGUCUUCCUUGCCAGCGAUGAGAGCAGUUUCGUCAAUGCACAUGACUUUGUUGUUGAUGGCGGUUUGACCAAGGCAUAUGUCACGCCCGAAGGUCCUGCCACUCAGGCCCCCAGGAACCAGGCAUAA